UCUGUGUUCUCUUCUAAAGCUCGCGCCCAUGUGAGAUGUUUAGAAUGUGGUUUAACUCGCUCAGAAACAAGGUCGCCCAUAUUGAGGUGAGGAUGUCAUGUUCAGGUGUCGAAAACCAAGGAAGGAUGUGCUCGUUCUUUACAAGUUGUGCAGUGUUGAUCGGUGAACAUUUUUAAGGCUUUUCCUGUGCCCCCCAUAAUUCUUGACUUAUAUAUAGAUUCUUACACCUCUUACGUCUCCAUAAACCCGUCCACUUUCCUUGCAUUUCCUCCAAGCAAGAUGACACUGCAUUUCAGUAUUGAACCUUGACCGGUAAUGAAUAUGGUUGCGCAUAAUCCUGAUUCAUAUGCGAGGAGCCAGGUUCAGUAGGCGUGGCAGGGGAGAGCAGGGUAGUCCCAGUAAGCCAGCGGAAACACCCUGCCAAUGGAGUGAGAAUAGUGGGAUGCUGGGUGGCGCAUUACGGUUAUCCGUGGGAGUAGGUCCGAUGGGGUGUGGGGCUUUGUGGGAGCAAGACUGUCGGAGAGCCAUAAGCCUGGUGGAAGAGAUGGAGCAGUAGUAGGCCUGGGGCUUGGGUGGUGAUGAAGAGGGAUGCUGUUAAACGAGGUCUCUAAAUUGAGGAAGUUUGAGUAAAGAAUUAUGGAUAUAAUAACGAAGAGGAAGCCCUGGCGGUAGGCUGUGCUUACUGCAUGAAUAUGUGUUUUAUCUCCCACAUUAGGCCUAACCAUCGAAAAAGAAGUAGUGGUGAUGUAAGCCUGCCAGUAGGCCUUGCACGCGUGACACGAUGCAGCAGGACUGAUAUCACAGCCCUGGUAGAGUAGGCGUGGUGGUGCAGUAGGCCUGGUGGUGUGGAAUAGGCCCAGGGGUAAAGCGGGAGGGGAGUAGGCCUGGCUUGGAAGAGUGGGGCGGGGCGGCGUCAUGCGGGGAGUGGUGUAGGCUGGGCGUCAUGCAGCAGCAGGUGGAGGAAAAGGAGGGAGGGAGGGCCGGGGGCGCGGCCUGCCAGCGUCACGCCCCCGGGCUGCCAGGGCCCGCCCCCACGUGCGCCGGGCCUGGCUGCCGCCGUUGCGUGGCUGGGGGACCUGGGCUCACCGUCACCAUUCGGCCAGUGUGCGCCAGCCAGCCAGCCACCACCGAGAAUCGCGCGUGUGUGUGCGAGUCGGCCGGUCGUGACGUCACUGUUACGGAGCUAGUUCUUCCCGCGGACUCCCGUCUCAGUCACAGUCGUCCUGCGGCCGUGUGACGCAACCCAUCCUCAUUGGCUGCUUCUGCCUUUCCGGGCCGUCCUUCAUAUGUUUACACAUAGCGACUGCUAUGAGCAAAUUUAAUCCGGCACAUGGUGUGGUAGCGCGGGUAAAAUUUACAAUUUGAAAAUCGUUGUGGUGUGUUGGUGGUGAUCACGUUGUGCUACUGGACCUUCAGUUGGUGCUUGGUGUUGGUGGAGUGAGUGUGUCAGUAGGUGCUUGUAGUGUGUUGCCUUCAUAACCACAACCAUGAACUCAUACUUCGAACAGGGUGGUUUUUACGGCGGCGGCUCCGGCGGGGACCAGGCAUACCGCUUUCCUUUGGGCCUCAGCGUGAGUCCUUAUGGGCAGCCAGCACCACGUCAGGAUGGCUACGAUGCUUCAGCAGCCUCCUGCAAGUUGUAUGGCACGCCCCAGGACCACAUGACGCCAAAUCCUUUCAAGGUGGAUUGCGCCAAGGACCAGAAUGGCUAUGGUAUCAGCAAAGACAUGACGGGAGGCUGGGGCCCCACGGUGCGCCCCGCCUGCACACCCGACCCUGUGGUUGCUCGGGGGUACCCACCUGACCCCAGCACCUCACCGCGGGACCGAUCCUCACACGUGGGCACCUGGAACACCUGCGGGAUGACCCCCGUGUCCCAGCCCCACCAGCCUCCCCAGCAGCCGCCUCAGCAGCAGACCAACAACCAGAUGAACCAGCCGCCCUCCAACACAACCUUCUACCCCUGGAUGGCUAUAGCAGCUCGGAACUCGUGCCCGUGGACAUCCGGGGCCAAUGGUCUGCGGCGCCGCGGCAGACAGACCUACACGCGAUACCAGACGCUGGAGCUGGAGAAGGAGUUCCACACAAACCACUACCUAACACCGAGAAGAAUAGAAAUGGCGCACGCUCUGUGUCUCACCGAGCGACAGAUCAAGAUCUGGUUCCAGAACCGGAGGAUGAAGCUGAAGAAGGAGAUCCAGGCGAUUAAGGAGCUCAAUGAGCAAGAGAAGCAGGCACAAAAUGCGAAGUUGGCGGCGCAGCAAAAUGCGUCCAACAACCCCCAGGGCUUGACCCCCAACCAGGGGGCGGGAGGGGGGCCCGGGGCGGACCAGAACCCUGCGAACCCCGCGCAAAACUAACGACACAACUUUCAUCUAUAAGCUAGGAUUAAGGUGAGUACUCAGAGUGUUUCUUCUUGUUGUUGUACGCAUGACUAAUGUUAUUGCAGGUCGAUAAAAUACAAAUAUUAACAACACAGUUAAAAUUCUCGUUAGGUGAGCAACAUAUUUAGAGAAAAUUAUAAAGACUUUUAAGGGGACAACGUUUACGUAUAUGAAUGAUUCCGUGUGUAUUCCACUACUGACAUAAUUCUUAAAGGGUUUGGUUCUGUCAUCAGAGAAGAGAGCCCUGUGACAUAUACUGGAGUAUAUGAUAGAAACCACACAACUGUUUCAUUAAACUCUUACUUAGCAUAGUCUUUGUGCAUCAAAAUGUUCCUUGUCUCCUUUAGUUCUUUGCUGGCAGAGAGGCAAGGAACAAGGAGGCUGGAGCAGCGUAGCUCCUGGCGUAGGGGCGGAUAGCUCAUAAGGACGCCAUGCCAUUGUUGUUGCUUGGCCAGAGAGAGAGAGAGAGAGAGAGAGAGAGAGAGAGAGAGAGAGAGAGAGAGAGGAGAGAGAGAGAGAGAGAGUAGUGGGGGGUGGGCAAGGGCCAUUCAUCGUGUUGUGCCGCCCCAGCUUGGCCUGGAAGGGGCCUCACCCCUCCACCCCAAGCUCUCCUCUUCUCGGCAUCUACUGCGCGCCACCCAGUUCAAAGAAGAGGGAAAACGCAUCUGAGAAAGAGAGAGGCAGAGACCCACAAGUGAAAAUGCUAUUUCAGUUCAGCAAACAAAACUAAAAUAAUAUAAAAUUUCAGUCUACAAGACCAUUGUUCUCCGUGUUAUACUGACAAUUCAUCACUUGGUGAUAUAUUCCCCUCAUAAACAAUCCUGCCGUAGUUUCGUCUGGCUUAAGGUCUUCCGUUUAUCUCAUAUUCUUCUCACUUGAGUCUCCGUUUCUUCAUCCUCGCUGCUCUAGCUGGAAACUCCAGCUUCAGCUCACGACGGGGGUUUCGAGGCCUAGUGUGUGGGCUGGGGGUCCCAACGGACGUGAGCUGAAGGCACAUCGUAGGCAGGGAACUGUGGGUUGACUGCCUGGGGCCUGGGGGCUCACGUCUCAAGCAUGGCCCGAAUUUCAAUAAGGUAAUCAAUACGGGAGACUCCGCCCCCGCCAGCUUCCUCCUCCUCCUCUUGCUCUCCCACUCACUCGUACGCCCGCUCUCUCUUGCUCUCUUUCUGCGCUCCUCCCCCACCUCCGCUCCCUCCUCUCACUCUCGUCGGUCCUCCCACACUACCGACCAUCUCCCCAGCCCCCUCCCGCUGGCCCCCCAGAAAUCCUAGCUUUCCCAUGCUCUCUGGGGCGGUGGAAGGUAAAAAACGGGAAACUCGCUAUUGCCACUCCGCUAGAUCCACAACUUCGGGGUAUUUGACUAAAGCACUCACUCGUUGUAAUGGUUCUGGCGGACUGUUUUAUGCGUUGUGUGCAUCUACUAUGAGGAUGUUUUGUUGGAAAUCAAUAAAUUAUCGCGUCUGCUGUCUGGCGGGGCAGCGUGAACCAGCGUGACUCAGACUUCCUGGCAACAGGCUACGUAGACAAAAAUUAAUGACUAACCUUGUCACAGGAACAAUCAAGGGAUGAGGGAAGAAGGCAAGAACUUGUAUUCCUUGAUCACGCAUGUUUUAAUCAAACUCAGACCACAUUACACCUCAGACUGUUAACGAAAGCCUCUGAUCGCGAACGAGGUUAGAUGUCUCGUCUUUGCUUAAAUGUAUAUUCAUACAUCAUGCAUAAUGCAGUACGUAAUUUCCAUAUUAAAUGAAGCAGCACCUCUAAAAGCCAGAGUGUGGUGCCCCGUUGAGACAUGACAGGUGUGCGGCAGCAGUGGCAGCUCACUACGGAUACACUCCACUGCGAUGUAACCAAUAUUAUCGAUCUGGAACAUCGAACGCACGCAUAUUAGAAAAUCGAUUACCAAUGCUGCGGUUCGGACACGUUCGCUCCCUGAUUCUUAUCGAUUAUAGACUGAAAAUGGCACAGAGAACUGCAGUGACAUGGCGGUGGCUGACACGGCGAACCCACAUAGCUAAUUUGUUACGUGUCGCGUCCAAUUCACCACUUGGCUAUAGUAAUGAUACCUUGGCAGUAUUGCCCCGUACCCCAACAUAUUGUCCGGCCAUGGAACUAUUCAGUGUUGCAGAGCGUAACACAGAAGCCUGGGUAUUCGUCCUCCUGCUGUCAAGUGGCUCAAUUAUUGCGACGUUAGUGUGACGACUUCCACUAAUCUGGGUGUCAGUUACCGCAAGUCACACUGGCAAAAGGGGAAGUGAGAAAGUCUAGCUUGCUCUCAUAAAGGACACUGAGGCAGGCAAGACGAGAAGGUUAUCUGGCUCUCGUGGCGUCAUUCGUGGUUCAUUGGUUGGGAGGUUGACUGGCUGGGAGUGUAUUCAGGUGGAACGCUUCAUAUCCUUUCAACCGAGAGAAUUUUUUUCUUCCUUGU